GUCUGUCUUGCUGAUCGAGAACCUGCAAAAUCCUCAUAUCCCAUCCAUUGUUCCCUCUUCUCUUCCUUUUCUCUUCCGUUUUCUCUUUUCUUUUCCCUCCAUUCCUCCCGCCUAUACUUCCGCUCCUCCUCCUCUUUCUCCAAUCUCUCUUCCUUCCUCGACCCUCCGGCUCCGUGGCCAUUUGCGCCCCUCGCAAAACGUCUCCCUCGUUCUUGGUUUCCUCUCUCGCCCUUACUGUCCGCCUUGCGUCAGAGUAACCCUUGCAACGUGACCAUCCCCGAAUAUCCUCGUUUGGCCGCUGGAGACCGGAGCCUGCGCUUCCACUUCAUUACUGGAUCCCUCCAAUCUGGUAUUUCUCCGCCUUCACCAAACGCCUGUCGGGCCUUGAGCCAGCCAGCGAUCGAAACGUUUUUGUUCCAGACGCCGCCCCUUUCAGCUUCUGUCACGUUGACGCCCAGAAUCCCCCUUUCCGCCGACUCCGCCGGGCGCUUCCUUUGAUAUUCUCGAGCCCCAAUUCUGGCGACAUUCUUCCCUUCAUCUACGCCUAAAGUGCUGGGUUUUCUGGAUAUCGAAGAACCUACGGGGGUUCCAACGUGACUAGCCGCCGAGAUGAAUUCCACCCUUCCUUCUUGGAAGGAUCGCACGCAGAAUCAGUUCGGCAAGCUUCAGAUCCAAGUACCAUGGCGGUCGAUCCAGCUCCUCGUCCCGCAUCGCAUGCGACGGAAGAUCCGCUCCAAGCUUCGCAGCAGGCUCUCUCCGACAUCUUCGAUAUCGUCUCUGCAAACGUCCUUUUCGCCUAUGGAUACGCUCCGAUCACUCCAAAGCCAUCGUUGGACGUUGUAUGACUUUCAAUACUUGCUCCUGCUGAUCCUCCUGAUCUUCUCCCUCAGUGUGAUGGGAUCUCCUGGGCCUUUGGGGAAGACGGCAAUGUUUACCCUACUUCUCCUUUCUCUCCUGCUCCCGAUUACUCGCCAAUUUUUCUUGCCGUUCCUUCCAAUUGCGGGGUGGCUCAUCUUCUUCUACGCCUGCCAAUUCGUUCCAAGCGAUUGGCGCCCGGCAAUCUGGGUCCGCGUGCUUCCGGCCCUAGAAAACAUCCUCUACGGAGCGAACAUCAGCAACAUUCUGUCUGCUCAUCAGAACGUUGUCUUGGACGUGCUGGCGUGGCUGCCUUAUGGCAUCUGUCACUAUGGCGCGCCAUUUGUCUGCUCCCUCAUCAUGUUCAUUUUCGGUCCUCCUGGCACGACUCCCCUCUUUGCACGGACUUUCGGUUACAUCAGCAUGACUGCUGUCGCCAUCCAGCUGUUUUUCCCCUGCUCGCCUCCGUGGUACGAGAACCUUUACGGGCUGGCACCGGCCGACUACUCCAUGCCGGGUAACCCCGCGGGUCUUGCUCGCAUCGACAAGCUUUUCGGCAUCGACCUGUACACCUCGGGCUUCAGACAGUCCCCUGUCGUGUUUGGUGCUUUCCCCUCUCUGCACGCUGCGGAUUCGACACUGGCCGCUUUGUUCAUGAGCCAUGUUUUCCCGCGGCUGAAGCCCUUGUUCGUCACUUACACCCUGUGGAUGUGGUGGGCAACCAUGUACCUGUCGCACCACUAUGCAGUGGAUUUGGUCGGUGGUGGCCUCCUGGCCACGGUUGCAUUCUACUUCGCCAAGACCCGAUUCCUCCCGCGCGUCCAGAGCGACAAGACUUUCCGCUGGGACUACGACUAUGUGGAGAUCGGAGACUCUGCUCGCGAAUAUGGCUACGACUUGGCAGCCUACGACGGCGACUUCAACCUUGACAGCGAUGAGUGGACGGUUGGAUCAUCAUCCUCCAUCUCUUCCGGCUCUCUGAGCCCGGUGGACGAUCACUACACCUGGGAAGGAGAGUCUUUGGCUUCGCCCAUUGCCGAUGUCGAGUCUGGAAGACAUGUGCUCAGUGCCUAAGCCAGUCGACCACCAUUUUGCACCCACCUCCCUGCAUAUACAGCAUCCACUUCUUGCAUCUAUUUACGAACGGCGUUAGUACAUUUGACGACAUGCUGGGUUUAUUGCAUUGAGCCGAUUUCGACACUUAAUAUCUUUAAUACCGCUUUUUUAUUUCGCAGACCAGGUCGGAUGGUUUCGAUUUUCCGUUUUGGAUUGGUCACCCUGGAUACUGCCAUGUUUUAUCUCUUCCUCUUGACCUAACUGUACAUCAUACCGCACACUUUUCUGGGCUGCGUUGCCGCAUGAUUCUGCAGCCCGACCUCCUCGAAGCUCCGUCGAUAAUACUAAUACCGAAUGCUCAGGGUUGCACAGCACCGCAUCCCAUCUGGUCGUGCAACUCCUGAUGCCCCGUUGGAGACAUUCGCUUUCUGCAUCUCGCCUGGACGAAUCCGGACGACCACACUCGUUUACAUCCUACUUUAGUCUUUCGCUUUUCACCAGCUGGUCGAGCUUUUUACCUUCUUUUUUUGCUCGGCCAGGUACAUA